CACCCGACUCCAGCCAUCUCAUUCCCAUCUCAUCUACGAUACACCCUUCCAACUUUCACAUCUCUCCUCUCAUACAAAUCCAACACCCGGACUCCAUCCAAGAAAUACCCUAAUCAAGCACACGCAUACCUCCCGACCUUCGACUUGACCAUGGGCGCGAACCAGUCGAGGCCUUCCGAUGCUGCAAUCCAAGAGAAGCUCGUCGAGCGUCUACAAGCUCUCCAUGUCAAAGAUGAUCUCCCUGUAAACGAGAAGGAAGGUUACAUAUAUGUAGAAAAUGGCUCCAGUAAAGCUGCCAACCCCACAACUUAUGACGGAGUCUAUCGACAAGACGUUUCCGCGAACCAGGUCGGGGAGUGGGAGAAGGAGCUCCUCGAAGAUGCAAAGAACCGUCUCGCCCUAGCUGCCCUCUCAUCAAACCCUGCCAACGCCGUCCUCUCCUCUCGCUCGGCAGCCAUCUCAGAUACCCAGAACUUCAACAUCAAGAUCCCUAUGGAAGGUUCGCCAAUCACGAAUCAAGCUUCUUCGGGGCGAUGCUGGCUUUUCGCCUCAACCAACGUAUUUCGAAUCGCCAUUAUGAAGAAAUAUAAACUGUCCUCAUUUCAAUUGUCGCAAUCUUAUCUGUUCUACUGGGACAAGAUCGAGAAGGCCAAUUACUUUCUCGAGAACAUCCUCGAUACGGCUUCCGAAGACAUCGAUGGCAGGCUUGUGCAGGCCCUUCUGGCCAGCCCCGUUAGCGACGGCGGACAGUGGGACAUGGUGGCCAAUCUAGUCAACAAGUAUGGCCUAGUACCACAAACCCUCUACCCAGAUUCAUAUAACGCCAAGAACUCCUCGGUCAUGGAUCGUCUCAUCACCACCAAGCUCCGCGAAGAUGCCAUCCGUCUUCGUGCUAUCGCUAAGAGCGUCCCGGCAAGUUCUCUCAAAUCAGCUGUGGCUACAGAGAAGGAGAAGAUGCUUCGAGAGAUCCACUUGAUCCUUACGUUGAUGCUUGGGCCGCCACCCUCCCCGACUGACGCGUUCACUUGGGAGUUCUACGACAAGGACGGCAAAUUCACGAGCGUUAAAACACGUCCAAUUGCGUUCGCUAAGGAACUAGCCGAUAGCAAGACGGUGCGAUCCUUGGGUGGCACCGACGUCCACUCCUUGUUCUCUCUCGUGAACGACCCUCGCAACCCCUACAACCGCCUGCUCAGUGUGAAGAGGCUUGGCAAUGUGUACGAAGGUCGCCCCGUAACUUAUGUCAACGUCGAUAUGUCUACAAUCAAGAAGGCAUGCAUUGAAAUGCUCAAGCGCGGCAACCCCGUCUUCUUUGGGUCAGAUGUCGGAAAGUACUCCGACAGCUCCAGGGGCAUCAUGGAUACCGACCUGUUCGAGUACGAGCUCGGAUUCAACAUCAAACUCGGCAUGAAGAAGGCCGAGAGGCUGUUGACCGGAGAGUCACAGAUGACACAUGCCAUGGUCCUGACGGCCGUGCAUGUCGUUGACGGCAAGCCUGUGCGCUGGCGGGUCGAGAACAGCUGGAGCGAGAGCGCAGGAGAUCGUGGAUACUUCGUCAUGAGCGACGCCUGGAUGGAUGAGUUCGUCUACCAGGCCGUCGUUGAUCCAUCAGUCGUGAGCGCAUCUGUCAAGAAGGUUCUCCUGCAGAAGCCAAAGAUGCUAGAACUUUGGGACCCAAUGGGCGCCCUGGCUUAGAUGUGACCACGCGGUGAUGCCUUUUGUCUUGUUUUGUUAUUUUCUCGGCAUAUUGGUUUGGGUAUGUUUAGCGGAGUCGGAUUUGAUGAUGGUCUGGAUUAUACCUUUUGUUUGCCUUCAAGACGUAGAGCAGAUACACUCUUAUACACAAUGAAUAUCACGU